AAUUUGAUGGUCUGCUAGAGGAGAAGUGCUCGCUACGUGGAAAGAUGAACAAUAAAUAUACCGCGGUGAUUCUGGUCGCGCUGGCCGCAUUGGCCAACGCUAACUCUAGCUCCUUUUCGAAGGUGCUGCCUUCGUUUCUCGCUGAUAGCAAAAACUGGGAUGGGCUCGGCUUGCAGGCCGAGGUUAACGAAUAUGUUGACAAUACUAUCUCGAUGAUCGUGCCAUUCAUGAAAACCCAUGGACUGGAGCCCAUGGAGCUACCUGACGUCAUUGAGGGAUUCGAAGUUAGGCCAGUCCUGAUCACAUACAGUGCUUGGCUCAAAAUCCACGACGGUUACAUGACUGGCCUUGUGAACGUAGCCCGAUCUGGAGACCAGAGGGUCAACUACUUUGCCAACAUGCUGCGCGUACGAGUCCAGCUCCGGUUUACUGACUUGGAGUUCAUAUACAGGUAUUUGGUGAAGGUGAUGAACCUUGGCCCCACUGGAGGGAUUGUGGGCUCGCUCAACCGCUUCAACAUUGUAUUCGAUCUGUUGAUCGAUUUCAACAACGAUGAGCUUCAUCUUCAGGAGUUCUCUAUUUCUGAUAUUGGACGCCUGCGGGUGCGUCUUACCGGCAACAUCCUGACCGACUGGCUGGUGAACCCUGUCAUCCGGGUUUUCACGAGCAUCUUCGACAACACCAUCAUCCGGGUGGUCCAGAACAACAUCAGGUCGGCCAUCCAGGACGGCCUCGACUUCAUCAACACCAACGUCAAAAUUGUCAUUGACCAGAUAGAGAACUACGGCAACUAAAGCGAUAGAACUUAAUAUUUUAAUUUUCUUUUACAAAACUGGUGCGUGAUGUGACCCCGGAGGAGAAGUGCGGAACUAAGUAAGGUUUAUUUAUCAAUAAAGCAAUUGUUACGAUACAAA